AUGACUAUUAUGAAUUUUCUAGCUAGCCUCAACUCUCAGUAUGAAGGUGUCAAAUCACAGAUCUUGUCUAACCCUGGAGUUACUACUCUGAAGGAAGUCUAUACUGAAGUGAUGUGUAUUAUUCUUAGUUCUCAGGCUUCACCCAUGCAAAAACCUAAGACACUUGCUAGCCAGAAAAAUACAGACAUCAGUAAACCUCAGUCUCAAGACAAUUAUGGAAUUGGAACUCCAGAUUUUGAAAAUCAAGACUCGAUCAUCAUAGCUGUUGCCAACGGCCCCAUGCUUCCCAUCGUAGGUAGUGUUUUUGUUGGUCUCGGAGUCGGAAUGGCUUCUCUGCUCUAUAUAUCAGAAGUUUUGCUUGCGAAAAUCCAAGGAGCUCUUUGCACUCUCUUUGUCGAUCAAGGAGCCCCUUCUCUCUCCACCCUCUCCCUAUGGCCUCCUCCAUCCUCUAAGAUUGCUGUUCAAUAUGAUGAUGAUGGGGCUUCCGAUGUUUUCCAUCUGAUUCAAGCUCAUCAGGCCGCCGCUCCUCAUCUUUCUCUACUUGAAGAAGUUCGAAUUAUUCUUAAUAACAGCAUUCGAGGCGUGCUCUCUACAUUUUCCAAGGAAAAUGAGGGUUAUCUAUCUGGAUCAAUGGUUGAUUUUGCCUGUGAUCAUGAUGGUUUGCCAGUGAUAGCAGUCAGCAGUCUUGCAGUUCAUUCAAAGAAUUUGUUAGUGAAUCCCAAAUGCUCUCUGCUUGUUGGUAAGGAUCCUAAAGAUCGAGCACACAUUGUGAUUACGUUAUAUGGGGAUGCUGUUCAGGUUUCUGAGGAUGAUAGAGAGGAUGCACGCACUGCUUUUCUUCAAAGACAUGAUUUAUGUGACUUCCGCUUCAUCCAAAUCAAGCCUAACUUUGUACAUUAUGCUUCUGGGGUUGCUACUGCCUUGCUGGGAUCAGGAGACCUUAAAGCUGUAGAGUUCAGAGCGGCCAAAGUUGAUACAAUAUCUCAGUUUUCAGUUCCCAUAACUUCUCAUAUGAAGAAAGAUCGUGCUGAAGAUACAAAAGCAAUUGUACAGCACUCUACAGCCAUUAAGGCGCGCUCAAGUUAG